CUUGUUUAAAAUGAGUGCCCAUCUCUUUGAAUAACGAGAUAGGGGCAAUGGUAGUCUUUAUAUGAUUCAAUUGUUUCGCAACUGCCAUUAAUUCCUAAUGGACUCUAAAUUUAGGAGAUGCUACAAAGUUGUGAAAUACAGGCAAGGUUAUUAUAUUCAGUCAUGACCUUUGAGCAGGGGGGUUAUUCAUCAGAAGUAGUAGAAUAUUCUAGCCCAUGAAUGAGGAAAAGUAUAUGAGUUGGAGUAAUUCAGGUGAAGGUGACAAAUGUGAUAACAAACUUCCUAAAGUUAAUUGGUUGCAACAUUUCAAUGCCCAUGAUAAUUUUGCGCACCAGAAUAAGUUCUUGUGCUCAAAUUUUCUUUACUCCUUGGAAACACAAAAGCCUCGUGCUGAAGGAGCAAUGGCUACAAGGUUAACAACCUGUCAAAUUCAGAAUUUUCAAAGAGUACACAGUGCUGAAUUAGAAAAGGCUUGGCACACUCUUUCCUGUCUUCAGAUAUCCUGCAGGACUUACAGAAGACCUGGAGUAAGUAUUCCAGUUAAGAAUGCUGAUAGUGAUUCUUCACGUGAUGUCAGCAGAAGAGCUACCUUACAGAGCUCAUUUGGUAGUAGUAAAUAUUCUGAACCUAUGUAUAAACAUCAAAACCUCAGCCACAGCAAUGUGAAAGUUAGUGAACCAGCAAGGGGUAUUGGCUGUGUUUAUUCACCGCAUAAUGCUAGAGGAACGGAAGCUGGAAAGAGUCAUGGGGGGCAAAAUGAGAUUAAAUCAUCUGUGGUUAACAAUACUUGCACAAAAUUUUCAAAAGGAUCAUUCACAGAUCACACUGAGCAUACUAGCCAAAUAAAUAAGUCUGCAGAAGUUUUGGCUGAUGACGCGGACGAUGAUGAAAUACUCAAGAGUAUUGAUGUGGACCAAAUUGUCAUGGAAUACCAAUCAACUUGCACCCCUCAACCAUCAAUUUCUAAGUUUCCUCCCAUAACUCCAAUCGCAGAUAAUGGUAAAUUUGCAAGGCAAGAUCAGAAUCUUUUGCCUCCUGAAUUGUCCUCAAAUUGUAAUCACGGAUUUAAGCUAGGGCUUUGCCUGGAAGCCACUUGUCAUGUAAAAGAAAUGAAGGACAUGUUGAUUGCUAUAUCCAAUGAACUGCUUGACAAUACAGACCUGAGUCCGGCACAAAUAGAGAAGCUUCGCCAGGACAGGUUGCAUUUGAAUAAGCAGAUUCAGCAGCUUGAGGGAUACCUUCGUGAUGUGGAAAGACAAAAGUCGCAUUUUUCUGCAUCCACAACCUGCCCUUUUCAAUAUGAAACACCUCAAGCAGCUUCACUAAGGAGAUUUGAUUCCCAGGUUCAUAUCCAUAAUGGAGUAGAAGGAUAUGAAAAGUGGAAUUCAUCAUCAAUUCCAUUCUCUUCUGUAGAUAGGCCUAGGGUUCCAUCAUACUCUGUGGAGAAGGAACCAUAUAUCCCAAAGAUUAUUGAAGUUAAUUAUAUUGAAGGUUCAAAUGACCGAAGGUGGAGUAGUGGGGAUUUCCCAUGGACUAAAAAGCUGGAGGUCAACAACAAGAAAGUUUUCGGAAACCACUCAUUUCGCCCCAAUCAGAGAGAGGUCAUAAAUGCUACAAUGAGUGGGCAUGAUGUCUUUGUUCUUAUGCCAACUGGAGGGGGAAAGAGUUUGACUUAUCAGCUUCCUGCUCUUACAUGUCUGGGGAUAACUUUGGUAAUAUCUCCUCUCGUAUCACUUAUCCAAGAUCAAAUAAUGCAUCUAUUGCAGGCAAAUAUACCGGCUGCUUAUUUGAGUGCCAAUAUGGAGUGGACUGAGCAACAGGAGAUUCUUAGGGAACUUAACUCUGAUUAUUGUAAAUACAAGCUAUUAUAUGUCACGCCAGAGAAAGUUGCCAAAAGUGAUGUUCUGUUGAGACACUUGGAGAGUUUAAAUGCCCGUGAGUUGCUUGCCAGGAUUGUUAUUGAUGAAGCUCAUUGUGUGAGUCAGUGGGGACAUGAUUUUAGACCAGAUUACCAGGGCCUUGGUAUCUUGAAACAGAAGUUUCCAAAUACUCCAGUGUUAGCUUUAACAGCUACUGCAACAGCCAGUGUGAAAGAAGAUGUUGUGCAAGCUCUUGGUCUCGUCAACUGCAUUAUUUUUCGCCAAAGUUUUAAUCGCCCUAAUCUAUGGUAUUCUGUUAUACCAAAAACGAAGAAAUGUGUGGAAGACAUCGACAAGUUCAUUAAAGAAAACCAUUUUGAUGAAUGUGGUAUUAUUUAUUGUCUUUCAAGAAUGGACUGUGAAAAAGUUGCUGAAAAGUUACAGGAAUAUGGACACAAAGCAGCUUUUUACCAUGGUAACAUGGAUCCUGCACAACGUGCCUUUAUCCAGAAGCAGUGGAGCAAAGAUGAAAUUAAUAUAAUUUGUGCAACAGUUGCUUUUGGAAUGGGUAUCAACAAACCAGAUGUCCGCUUUGUAAUUCAUCAUUCUCUUCCAAAAUCUAUUGAAGGUUACCAUCAGGAGUGUGGACGUGCUGGUCGUGAUGGUCUGCGUUCAUCCUGUGUAUUGUAUUACAGUUACAGUGACUAUAUACGAGUCAAGCAUAUGAUUAGCCAAGGAGUUGCUGAGCAAAGUCCAUUUACACCUGGACACAAUCGUACCAAUGUGCCAAAUUCAGGAAGGAUACUGGAAACGAAUACUGAAAAUCUUCUGCGUAUGGUCAGUUAUUGUGAAAAUGAUGUUGAUUGUCGACGUCUUCUUCAGCUUGUUCAUUUUGGAGAAAAGUUUGGUAAUGGAAACUGCAAAAAAACAUGUGACAACUGUUCCAAGAUUAAAAGUUUUACUGAAAAGGAUGUCACUGAGACUGCAAAGCAAAUGGUUGAACUGGUGAAGUUAACAGGGCAGCAGUUUUCAUCAGCUCAUAUUUUAGAAGUCUACAGGGGUUCCUUGAGCCAGUUUGUCAAGAAACACAGACACGAGACUCUCAGCCUGCAUGGAGCUGGAAAACAUCUAGCCAAGGGUGAAGCCUCCCGUAUAUUGCGUCAUCUUGUCACUGAGGAUUUUCUUGUUGAGGAAGUUAAGAAAAGUGAUAUUUAUGGAUCUGUAUCAUCAGUGUUGAAGGUGAAUGAACCCAAGGCCCACAAUCUCAGAGCUGGCAGGCAGACUAUUGUAUUAAGAUUCCCUUCCUCUGUAAAGGCAUCUAAACUGAACAAAUUAGAAGUGACUCCUGCAAGAGGCUCACUUAUGUCUGGGAAGUUAAGUCCUUCACGAACUGACUCUGCUGCACAGCCUCAAAAUGAAGUAGACUUGAAUCUCUCGGCCAAACUAUAUUCUGCUUUGAGAAUGCUUCGAACUCUUCUUGUUAAAGAAGCUGGGGAGGGAGUCAUGGCAUACCAUAUCUUUGGGAAUGCUACGCUGCAGCAUAUAAGCAAACGAGUUCCUAGAACAAAGGAAGAACUACUUGAUAUUAAUGGCAUUGGAAAGGCCAAGGUAAGCAAGUAUGGGGAUCGUCUGUUGGAAACCAUUGAAUCGACCAUCAAGGAUUUCUAUAAUCCCAACAGAAACAGCAGCAGUAGCAAUGACAGUAAUGAUUCCAUAAAGAGAAGAAGAGAUGAUAACAUGAUUCCAAAUGCAUAUAUGGAGGAUGAUGACUUCACUAAAAGUACCGCUCGAUCAAAGAAAAGGGCAGUUAAUGGGCAAAACAAAAACACCGAGGUUUUUCAUUCUGUGGACACAAAUUCUUACAACCAGUGUGUAGAUGACCUGAAUUUUGAUGAUUAUGAUUAUGAUUAUGAUUACGAAAUUAAUGGCUCAGCAACAAAGCCGGAUCAAAAUAUUGGAGGAAGAGUCCUACCUUCAUGGUAAUAGCCAGGAUAUAGGUAAAUCCUAUUAUCUUAAUUUGUUUCCAGAAUUCACCUUGAACGGUAGGUGUAGUAUUAUUAUCUUUAUAUACAGUUUUUAUCUCUAGCAUCUCGCUGUUUCUUCUUAUAUUGAAGAAAGAAUACUUUUAAUCAUCAUGCUUGUGAGGCAUCAGAAGUAAGGUUUCAUUUCAUCAAACAUAGCAGUUGAGUCUCAUUUUGUUUAUAUUUGUAUAAGUGUAUGUUGUUAAUUGUUAA